AUGACCCCUAAGAAGAACUUCCACGUUGCCGUUGUCGGCGGUGGGAUCGCAGGCGUGACUCUAGCCAUCGCACUCUACCACCGUCAAAUCCGAGUCACGAUCUACGAGCAAGCCCCUGCAUUCGGCGAGGUAGGCGCAGGCGUCUCCUUCAGUCCGAAUGCAGUGGAGGCCAUGAAAGUCAGCCACCGGGGCAUUUACGAGGCUUUCGAGAAAGUCUGCACGCGGAACCUAUGGCCCUCAAAACAGAAAGUCUGGUUCGACUACCUGGACGGUUACAACAAAGGCACUUCGACCACUGCGAAGAACUCGAGCCGACAGGAAAUCGCCUUCACAAUCUCCAAUAGCCUCGGUCAGACCGGUGUCCAUCGCGCGCAUUUCCUGGACGAGUUGAUCAAGCUGGUCCCGCGUGAGAUCUCGCGGUUCAACAAGCGCUUAGAGCAGAUCACCGAGCGUGCGGAUGGCAAGCUCGUCAUGAAGUUCGCGGAUGGAUCCGAGGAUGUGACCGAUGUGGUAAUCGGCUGCGAUGGGAUCAAAUCCCAGGUGCGGCGCAUUAUCGUGGGCGAUGAUCAUCCGUCCGCGAACCCGUCGUAUACGCACAAGUAUGCGUAUCGGGGUCUGGUGCCAAUGGAAAAAGCCAUUGAGGCUAUUGGGGAAGAAUUGGCCUCUAACUCGUGCAUGCAUAUGGGCCCCGGCGGCCAUGUGUUGACAUUCCCGGUCAACCAAGGCAAGACUCUCAACAUCGUGGCCUUCCACACCUCGCCUGACGAAUGGACCGACUACCCCCGAUUGACGAGGCAGGGCACUCGCGACGAAGCUCUCCGGGACUUUGCAGGCUACGGGCCGAACGUCAUCAAUCUUUUGAAACUGACCGAGGAGCAGCUCAGUGUGUGGGCAAUCUUCGAUCUAGGCGACCACCCCGUCCCUACCUUCUACAAAGGCCGCGUCUGUAUCUCCGGUGACGCUGCACACGCAACAUCGCCGCACCACGGUGCUGGAGCCGGAUUCUGCAUUGAGGAUACCGCCGUGCUGGCUACACUGCUGGAGGACGAACGGGUGCAGUCUCACAAGGACCUCGAGGCUGUCCUUGCUGCUUAUGAUACUAGCCGCCGUGAGCGGUCGCAGUGGCUGGUGCAGAGCAGCAGGUUUAUUGGGAACAGCUACGAGUGGUUGGCUGAGGGCGUUGGCGAUGACUUUAAGAAGAUCGAAGCGGCGAUCAACUACCGGAAUGGUAUCAUUGCCAACGUAGAUAUCCCCAAGAUGUGCCAGGAGGCGAGGGAGCAAUUGGGCAAGAGAUUGUCCAAGUCGCGGAGGGGUGUCUUGUAG